CGAGCGCUAAGAACGAAAGACUUAUGGACGGAGAGAGGAUUUGAAGAGUGCAAUGGCGAUGUCUUACGGUGUCACACACUGUGUGAUCUUCCCUACUCUUCUUCUACUUCUCCUCCUCUUCUUUCUGUACCUGUCUCCUGCGAAUCAAUCUGUUUCCACGUACUUUAGCCCGGUCCGAGACACCAACCGCCACUCGACGCAAGUCUUGCCUUCGAUCUCUUUGGAAACCCUCAAAUCUUCCCUCCAUGUUUCUCCCCAUCAGACCAAUUCUAGUUCUAUCCAAAUUAACAAGGUGCAGAAGAAGAUCAGUAGUUUGCGGAGAGUAGAAAAGGAUUUAGCUAGAGCACGAGCGGCGAUUCGCGACGCGGUUCGUGCCCGGAACUAUACGUCAGACAAAGAGGAGACAUUCGUCCCCCGGGGAUCCAUCUACCGGAAUGCUUAUGCUUUUCAUCAGAGUCAUAUCGAGAUGGUGAAGAGAUUCAAGAUAUGGAGCUACAGGGAAGGAGAGCUGCCCUUGGUGCAUCAAGGGCCAGUGAGCGACAUAUACAGUAUCGAGGGCCAGUUCAUCGACGAGCUGGAGAGCGGGCUCAGCCCCUUCUUGGCCCGCCGUCCCGACCAGGCCCACGCCUUCUUCUUGCCGAUGAGCAUUGCCAAUAUCAUAACCUACAUCUACAUGCCCAUCACCACCUAUGCCCGAGACCAACUCAUUCGCACCUUCACUGAUUACGUCGAUGUGGUGGCUCAUAAGUACCCUUUUUGGAACAGAAGCCUCGGUGCCGACCAUUUCAUGGUCUCUUGCCAUGAUUGGGCACCAGAGGUCACACGAGCAGACACAAAAAAGUUCAAGAACUUCGUAAGAGUGCUUUGCAAUGCAAACACUUCCGAGGGAUUCAACCCCACGAGAGAUGCCUCACUCCCUGAGUUCAAAUUGCCUCUUUACAAUAUCACCAUACCCCAUCUUGGGCUGCCACCGAGCAAGCGCAGCAUCUUUGCCUUCUUCGCCGGAGGCCCUCAUGGGGACAUCAGGAAGAUCCUGCUUCACCAUUGGAAGGACAAGGACAGUGAAGUCCAAGUCCACGAGUACCUCCCAAGCGGCCAAAACUACAUGCAAUACAUGGGCCAGAGCAAGUUCUGCCUUUGCCCGAGCGGCUUUGAGGUCGCAAGCCCUAGGCUGGUCGAGUCGAUCCACUCGGGGUGCGUCCCAGUGAUCAUUUCAGCCCACUACCCCCUGCCGUUCGGCGACGUCCUCGAUUGGAGCAAGUUCUCAAUAACAGUACCUGUUGAGAAGAUUGCGGAGAUGAAGGCCAUACUGAAGCGGGUCUCGGAAGCCGAGUACUUGAAGUUGCAAAGGAGAGGGACCCAGGUCCGGCGACAUUUCGAGCUGAAUCGGCCGGCGAAACCCUUCGACGUGCUACACAUGGUGCUGCAUUCAGUUUGGCUUAGGAGGCUCAACGUUGGCUUGGCAGGGUAGUUCAGCACAAAGCGCACGCAUCAUCAGUGCCCUCUUCCGUGUGAAGUUUCCUGGGGCGAUUGUUUGAAUGUGAUGAGGUGC